AUGGCACCGAGCGCCUACUGCGACAUCAAGGAGUGGUGGACCCGCAAGGCCCGGGGCUUCAAGAGCGGCCGGGAGGACGUGCUGAACCGCGUCAACGUGAGCUGGGACCGCAUGCAGAGCAACUGCAUGGUGGAGCUAGAUGAGCUGAUGAAAAUUUGUGCGCUGGGGAAGGGGGCCUACGGCCGUGUGACCCUGGUGGAGGACCCUGCUCGGGGCCAGCGCUACGCUUUGAAGGCGCUGUCCAAGGGCUACAUCUCGAAACAGGGGAGCCAGCGCCUGGUGAAUGGCGAACGUGAGAUCAUGUCGAUGACCGACAGUGAGUUUGUGAUUCGGCUUCAUCGGACCUUCAAGGAUGACCAGCACGUCUACUUCCUCCUGGAAGCAGCUCUUGGCGGCAGCUUAGUGCAGGUGGUCAAAGAUCAUCCCGAGAUCUUUGUCCAAGAUACUCCACGCGGCUCGUCGGGCGCCUUCUACGCCGCCUGCGUCACAGCGGCCUUGGAGCACUUGCACGAGCGGAAGAUCGUGCACCGUGACAUCAAGCCAGAGAACGCCCUGCUGGACGAGAAGGGCUACGCAAAGGUGUGCGACCUGGGCUUCGCACGCUUUGUGCUGAGCAAGACCAAUACCUUAGUGGGCACUCCCGACUACAUGGCGCCUGAAGUCAUCGAUUUUCCGCAUAGCCACAACAGAGCCGUGGACUGGUGGGCGCUGGGAGUGCUGACCUAUGAGAUUCUCGCGGGGGACACACCUUUCACGGACGAAGGGGUGUGCGAUCCCAUGGAAAGAUUGUUGGCGAUCCGAAGAAGCCAGGAAUGCGGGCUGCAGUAUCCUUUCCACUUCCCUCAGAUGGCCAAGAGCUUUGUGUCGCAGCUGCUGCAACUUCGGCCGGAAGAGCGACUAGGGGCUGGCACCAAGGGAGCAGAAGCGGUGCGUGAGCACGCGAUGUACAAGAGACUUUGA